GCAGAACUAGUGAAAGGGAAUCUGCAAAGCGUUGGGCUCACGCUCCGUCUUGUGCAGUCCAAGGAAGAAGAUGCAGGGCAUGUUGUCAUUGAGACUGUGACUCCAAACUCACCUGCUGCAGCUGCUGAUCUACAGAGAGGAGACAGACUUUUAGCAAUUGGCAGUGUUAAAAUCACAUCAACAGUCCAAGUGUUGAAGCUUAUCAGACAGGCUGGGGACAGAGUUUUAGUCUUUUAUGAAAGGCCUGUUGGGUAUAAUCAGCAUGGUUCAGCACUGCAGGAUGGAUUUGGACAAUUGGAAGAUACUGCUUUCUUGACACAGCCAGAAGAUGACCAAGCUAGUUUAUCAGCUGAUGUUGAGAACAGAGAUUUUGAUUCAGAAUUUGAGGACUUAGCUUGUGAAUCACCUGACCAAAAAGAAGAUCUGCCAACAACUCCAAGUCCCAAACGUUCAGUAGUAAUACUUGCUGCUAAACCACUUGGAACAAUAUCUCCAAUUCUGAAUCGAAAACUACAUUUAGGAAGUUAUCAGACCACAUCAAAAACACAACAAAAAGAUGGAGCUAAAGUGGCAACACCCAAAACUAUUGAGGGUUCGGAUGCAUCACAGCAAUCAGGUAAACAAUCACAAGGAUCCAGUACUAAGCCUCCUGUGCCACCUAGGCCACAAAAUAAGCCUAUUUUGCCUACUAGUGAAACUCAGAAUCUGUUAGAAACUGGAGGUGUAUCUUCUGAAAAACCAGAGAGGCCACCUCCACCUGUGAAUAAUGGAGAUAAAUGUACAGAGAAGGUAGUAAAGAAUAAUGAUCAAAUAGAAGACCCAACAGUAUCAAAAGUAAUAACAGCACCAAAACAAGAUACAUUAAAAGAUGGACUUUCAGAAAAUGCACGUAGUUGCAAAGAGAAUGCAGAUGAUCAUCAGACAUGGGAAUCACCAGAAAUUCCUUAUAAAAUCCGGCAAGGCCGAUGGCCAAGGACGAGAACAUCCUCCUGUCUAUUUGAAGUGGAGGGAUAUCAUAAGUACCUUAAUGUUGCGCUGUGGUGCAGAGACCCUUUCAAAGCAGGUGGUUUUAUCUGCUUAGGAUAUGCAAGCAUAAAACUUGAAGAAAUUGCUUUAGAUUGUAUAGCUACAUCCUCAAUGGAAUAUAUUAGAACAUUUAAACUGGAUGCUCCUACACCUAAAGCAGCAGUCACUAGAACAGCAUUGCGGAAUUUGACAACCCAUAAGGGAUUCAAUGAAAAAUUUUGUUAUGGCGAUGUAACUUUACACUUCAAGUAUUUAAAAGAAGGUGAAAUAGAUGAUUCAAACUUUCUCCUGGAGAAAGAAAAGGAAUGUCACUUGGAAGAGGAAGCUCGUACACUUCAGAAAGAGGAUCCUUAUUUGGGACAAAUUGUUCUUACAGAGAACAAGCAUAACUUUCAAGAUACUCAGUUUCAGAAUCCAACUUGGUGCGAUUACUGCAAAAAGAAAGUAUGGACUAAAGCGGCUUCGCAGUGCAUGCUCUGUGCUUAUGUUUGCCAUAAAAAAUGUCAAGAAAAAUGUCUAACUGAGACGCCGUUUUGUGUAGGAGCUGAAAAGCGACUUGAUCGAACUGUGGGAGGUUGUAGAGUAGAUGGACAGGAAGCUCCCCAGGCUGCAUCCUCUCGUGUUGAUUCAGAAUCUAAAUCUGUUAACAGAACUACAGGUUUGACCAGGCAUAUCAUCAAUACAAGCACCCGUUUGUUAAACCUUCGUCAAGUCCCCAAAGCUCGCCUUUCUGAGCAAGGAACAGAGGUGGUAGAACCUUCGCCAAAGCACACACCAAACACUUCUGAUAAUGAAAGUAGCGAUACUGAAAUCAGUGGGCCAAGCAGCCCUUCAAAACGGGCAGGGGGUACUGGGAUAAAGUUGGUCCGAAAGGAGGGUGGUCUAGACGACAGCGUCUUCAUUGCCGUUAAAGAAAUUGGACGUGAUCUCUACAGAAGUUUACCCACAGAGGAGCGUUUUCAGAAAUUAGAAUUUAUGUUGGAUAAGCUGCAGAAUGAAAUAGACCAGGAGCUGGAAAAUAAUAAUUCGCUCGUUAAAGAAGAAAAAGAAACAACCGAUGCAAGGAAAAAAGCCUUGAUUUCUGCUGCGCUGGCUAAGUCAGGUGAAAGACUGCAGGCCCUUACGCUGCUGAUGAUCCACUACAGAGCAGGCAUUGAGGAUAUAGAGUCUUUGGAGAACAUGUCAUUAGAGCGGCAGUCCAAAAGAGUGACUAAAGAUUCAGAGGAACCCAAUAUAACAGAAGAAAUGGAUAAUGAAGAUGUCAGUCUGAUGGAGGCACCAACAUUCAACAUCAUAUCGGAAGAACCAGUUGAUCCACCUCAAUCAGUAGACUGA